GCCACGUUCCAGAGUGGUCGAGUCAGUCGGCAGACCAACCCAAAACACAACAAGUCACAGAGCAAGCACAGUAAUUUUGGAACAAUCUUUUGGGGCUAUUGGAGGAUAUUCGGAGAUGGGUGAUGCAGCGUUUGAAUUCACGGAGAACGGUGACGGUGAUGGUCAAAUUAGCAGACGAGGGAGUCAAAUUCAGAGUCUCGUGAUAGAUAUACACCCUUUGAGUAGCUACUAUUUUGGGUCCAAAGAGGCAAUUCCCUCCAAGGAUGCGACCAUGGCCGAUCGUGUUCAGAGAAUGAAAUCCAACUAUUCUGCUCAUGGAUUGAGGACUUGUGUGGAAGCAGUUAUUCUGGUUGAGCUGUUUAAACAUCCUCAUAUGCUGCUUUUGCAAAUAAGAAAUUCCAUCUUUAAGCUUCCUGGGGGUCGGUUAAGACCUGGAGAAUCAGAGAUUGAUGGAUUGAAACGCAAGUUGUCAAGGAAGCUUUCGGGGAAUGGAAAUGGCGAUGGUACAGAGUGGGAGGUUGGAGAAUUCCUUGGCAAGUGGUGGAGGCCGGACUUUGAAACAUUGCUCUAUCCUUAUUUGUCACAUAAUGUUAAAAAGCCUAAGGAAUGCACAAAACUUUACCUUGUAAAGUUGCCAGAGAGUAGAAAAUUCAUUGUACCGAAAAAUCUAAAAUUGCUUGCAGUUCCUUUGUGUCAGAUUCACGAAAAUCACAAGACAUAUGGACCGAUAAUAUCAGGGGUCCCACAAUUGCUAUCCAAGUUCUGCUUCAACAUUAUGGAAACUUAAUAACUAAGACACUUAUAUAUAAUACAUACAUCUAUAUAUUCUGUAUGAUAUUGAGUGAGUGAGUGAGUAUAUAAAGUCUGCUGUAGGAUUACGUGUUGGGAAAAGUUUCAGGGAUUCUUGAUUAUACUAUAUUUCUUUCUUUUCUAUGGGAAAACGACAGACUGAGUUUUUGUAUUUUGUACUAUUGAACACCAUUAAUAAUAAUUACUUUUUUUUUCAAAA